AAGAUGGUUGCGUUUGGGAAAAAGCUCAAGGAACGGAGCAUUCAAGAAUGGCAAGGAUAUUACAUCAACUACAAGUUGAUGAAGAAGAAAGUGAAUCAAUAUGGUCGCCAGUUACAAGGAGGGAAUCUAGAGCGACGCCAUGUCCUUAAAGAUUUCUCAAGGAUGCUGGAUAAUCAGAUCGAGAAAAUAGCUCUUUUCAUGUUGGAGCAACAAGGGUUGCUUGCAAGUAGGCUACAGAGACUAAGGGAAACGCACGAUGCUCUCCAAGAAGAGCCUGAAAUAUCUCACAUAUCUAAUCUAAAAGAGGAUUACAGAGCUGUUGGUCAUGAUCUUCUCAAGCUUCUGUAUUUCGUCGAGAUGAAUGCUAUUGGCAUCCGAAAGAUUCUGAAGAAAUUCGAUAAACGUUUCGGUUAUAGAUUCACAAACUAUUAUGUCAAGACUCGCGCUAACCAUCCUUACUCUGAGCUUCAGCAAGUCUUUAGACAUGUGGGUCUUGGAGCUGUUGUUGGAGCUGUGUCUCGUAACCUUCACGAGCUUCAAAACAAUGAAGGAAGCUUCUUAUCGAUUUACGAUCAGCCUGUUCUUCCUCUUCAAGAUCCUGUGGUGGACUCGAUUAGAGCAGCAGUGGAUAGGCUAACGCACUCAACGAACUUCCUAAACUUCAUGGCUAAGCACGCGUUUAUCAUGCAAGAGGAGUUGCCUAGCCCGCAAGACGAGGAAGAAGCGGUUGAAGAAGAUAAGAGAUACCACUUCAUGUCUCUCUUGUUGAAUCUUGUCAACACUUUCCUCUAUAUGGUCAACACCUAUAUCAUUGUCCCUACAGCGGAUGACUACUCCAUGAGCCUCGGUGCAGCAGCAACGGUCUGUGGUGUGGUGAUCGGUGCUAUGGCCGUGGCUCAGCUAUUCUCCUCGGUGUACUUCAGCGCAUGGUCCAACAGAUCGUACUUCAAACCGCUUAUAUUCAGUAGCAUUGUCCUCUUCAUUGGGAACUUGUUGUAUGCGUUAGCUUUCGACUUCAAUUCAAUAGCAGUUCUCUUGAUCGGCCGGCUUUUCUGUGGAUUGGGAUCGGCGAGAGCAGUGAACCGGAGAUAUAUAAGCGACUGUGUACCGCUAAAGAUAAGGAUGCAGGCUUCAGCUGGUUUUGUUAGUGCAAGUGCUUUAGGAAUGGCGUGUGGUCCUGCACUUGCUGGUCUAUUGCAGACCAGAUUCAAGAUCUAUAAGCUUACGUUUAACCAAGAUACGUUGCCUGGUUGGGUUAUGGCUGUGGCUUGGCUUGUGUACUUGGUCUGGUUAGCUAUUUCGUUUCGGGAGCCUGCACUUAUGCCUGAGGAGAGUCAUAAUGCUUCAAAGGAUUCUAAUAACUCCGAAGCUGUUCAAGAUGUGAAUCUGGAGAAAGGUAUGAAACAGCCAUUGCUGAUUGCAUCUGAAGAGAUAGAAGAACAGGUCGAAGAUGAAGAUGACAGCGAAGAAGCUGCUGAGGAUUCUCGUACGCCUGCUAACUCCAUUGUAGCUGCUUAUAAGUUACUCACACCUUCAGUAAAGGUUCAACUAUUGAUAUACUUCAUGCUCAAGUAUGCAAUGGAGAUUCUUCUCUCUGAAUCUAGUGUCAUCACAACUUACUACUUCGGUUGGUCCACGAGCUCUGUUGCGAUCUUCUUGGCUUGUCUCGGUCUCACUGUUCUUCCUGUAAACAUUGUCAUUGGAAGCUAUAUAAGCAACAUGUUCGAAGACAGGCAAAUUCUGUUGGUGUCGGAGAUUAUGGUUUGUGUCGGAAUACUUCUCAGCUUCCAUGUCGUUGUUCCGUACACUGUGCCACAAUACGUUUGCUCGGGACUCAUCAUGUUUGUUUCUGCAGAAGUUCUUGAAGGUGUUAAUUUAUCGCUGCUCUCGAGGGUUAUGUCGUCGAGGUUAUCGAGAGGGACUUAUAACGGAGGUUUGCUUUCGACGGAGGCGGGCACGAUCGCACGUGUGAUUGCUGACGUCACGAUUACCGUCGCCGGUUACUUUGGACGGAGUAUGCUUUUAAAUGUUACUCUGCUUCCGUCUCUGGUCAUUUGUGUUCUCUCCAUCGUAGCUACUUGUUUUACUUAUAACUCCAUGUAUUAG